AUGGGCGAUCAGGACAUCCAUCCCGCACCGACGCAAGAAGAAGGCGAGGUUAACGAAGAGACGCCUUUGCUAAAUGCUACUCCCAGAACUGAGCCAUAUUCUGUGUUAUCACCCCCUCAAAAACGCUUCAUUAUCUUGACUGCAGCAUUAGCAUCAAGCUUUUCUCCUCUGUCUGCCAAUAUAUACUACCCAGCGCUGAAUUCAAUCGCGAAGGACUUGAGAGUCAGCUCGUCUCAGAUAAAUCUCACAAUCACGACAUACAUGAUAUGUCAGGGCCUCGCUCCCAUGUUAACCGGGUCGCUAGCAGACCAGGCAGGUCGUAGACCUGCAUACAUCCUUUGCUUCGCGAUAUAUAUUUUCGGAAACAUUGCUCUGGCUAUUCAACAUAGUUUUCCAGCUCUGUUGGCUCUUCGUGCUGUUCAAAGCUGUGGUAGUAGUGGAACCGUGGCCCUUGCAUCUGCGGUGGCAGCCGAUAUCAUUACAUCUGCCGAGCGAGGUAUGUACAUGGGCUUCGCAUCUCUGGGCAAUAUUCUUGCUCCAUCGAUUGGACCAAUUAUUGGAGGAGUCUUGAGCAAAUAUUACGGCUGGCAAGCAAUUUUUUGGUUUCUCUCCAUUGCAGCUGGAUCCUUCUUCUUACCACUGGUACUGUUCUUCCCUGAGACAUGCCGCGCAAUUGUCGGUAAUGGGUCAACUCCUCCAGUUGGAUGGAAUCGCUCGAUUUGGAGUUACCUGCACAACAGUUCCCCUGCACCCCCGCCUGCCACUAGCGUGCCGAGGCAUCGCGUGAAUAUCUCAAACCCAUGCUCCACCCUGCGUCUGCUUUUCCGCCGACCUGUGGGACUAGUGCUUUUGGCAAAUGGAGUUGUGUUUAGCAGUUACUACGCCGUCACUGCAGGGAUUCCCGCUCUAUUUCACAGGAUCUACAAUCUAGAUGAUUUCGGCAUUGGACUAUGCUUCAUUCCCGCAGGUUUAGGGUCCUUGUUCAGUGCAACUGCCAACGGAGUAUUAGUUGACUGGAACUAUCGCCGGACCCGACGCAACGCCGGUCAGAUGGUACACAGGAACCAGAAGCAGGACCUUGUUGGAUUUCCUAUCGAGCAAGCAAGGUUGCAGAUCGGCUUGCCAAUGACGAUGCUUGCAGCUGUCUCGGUCGUCAUCUACGGCGCACUGAUACCUCUGGAGCCUCCUCUUCUGGUUGCUCUUGGAAUGGUGUUCGUAAUCUGUUUCUGUAUUACGGCAGCUUACAACGUGAUGAACAUUCUCAUCGUUGACUUGUACUACGAGACGCCUGCCACGGCAAUGGCUGCUAAUAACCUCGUUCGUUGUUUUUUGGGUGCUGGUGCUGCGGCCGUGGUCAAUCCGUUAAUCAAACUAAUCGGCGUACAAUGGACCUAUUUUAUUGUAUCAGGCGCAAUUAUGCUUGUGGUGCCUCUUCUGGGCGUUGUUUAUGCCCAGGGUUGGGAAUGGCGCAAGAGGCAAGCGGAGGUUGACUCACAGCGGCGAAUCAAUAUGAUUCCAACAACAACGGCUCUCUUAUUUGCUCUCUCAGUGGCUGCGCAAAUCCUUCCAUGGCCUUCUGGGCAUCAAUUACAAAUUCGAUAUCCUGGAAGUGAUUGGAUCAUCCCUGGUAUGGAAUUAGACAUUCAAAGUAUGCCAACUACCAAUCAUGAGAUUGCACAUUCUGACAUUGGGGUAGCUACCAGCAUGAUCCCCGAGAUCAGUAGUAUGAACCUCAGAUGCAACAAACCAUACAUUGCGAUAUUCAUCGAUCUCGAUGCUAUACUCCCAGGAACACAGAUCCAGUCGAACGCCAAACCCCCCUUCCUAGUUCCUGGUAAAGACGAGGAUACUUCUCAUCCAACAGUCUCAUACAUAGCUCCUCGCGCACCAGUAAAUACACAUCACCGUUACGUCUAUCUACUUUUUUCACAGCCUCUGGGGUAUGAAUUCCCUAAGUGCUUUGGACAUGUCUUCCCCGAAACUGUGGAGGCCCGCUCCGGAUUUGAUAUCAGAGAAUUUUUGCGGGCGGCAGGUUUUGAUCCUCCAAUUGCUAUGAACUAUUUCAUUGGCAGACACAAAGCCGAAUCAAACGAGACGACUAGCGCGAUGAAAAAUGCGACAACAACCUCGUUUCGUUCCGUGGAUUGUCCUAUUAGUACGACUAGUUUUGUUGCCACGACCAGGUCCCGUUGUUGA